AUGCCAGACCUGUGGACCGACGAGGAGACCGAGACUCUGAUUCGUGCGAAGAAGGAAGAUAUCCUUAGCGUUCGCCGUAUCCAGAAAACUCUCCUCCCUCACAGAUCACUCACUGCGAUCUACCAGCGGUGGUCUCUUCUCCGCGGCACUUCUGGCUCGCCGACAAACAUGGUCGGGACAAGGCGGACGGUGAGCCAGCUAAGACCUGCGGCUACACAGUCUCACCCGCCCGCAAUACAGCAACAAGAUUCCGACGAUGGUCCUGAUAUCUACGAGGAUGCUUCUUCAGCGUCUGGCUCGGAUGAAGACGACCAGAUGGACGAGGCGCCUGCUGUAGAAAGCGCAGUCGACAGAGCCAGAGCUCAGAUUGAUGGGCAGGAAAACGGCUAUCCGGUCGAGCAGCCGGAGAAUACAGAAGCCCAACGCCCUUUCUUCCCCACCCAGCCACACGCCCCGACCACGCCGAGUCCUCUGGGGCCUUCCUCACAAGCGGACUGGCGACGCAGAAGGAACGAUCUUGCCGGGCCGGAGGUGCGCAAAGCCCUAAGUGACCUUCCCGAUGAGCAGGUCGCGGAGAUUGACUCCUUAGGACAGGAGGCAGGGGAACGAGAAACCAGCCCAGGGCUGUUUAGGGCUGUUCUCACAAACAGAGCCAUUGCGGCGAUGGAACACAGUCGGAAUGGGCCCAGCGUUCGACAGAAUGCAGGGGGUGGCGCGGCUGCCGGGUCCUCUGGCACACAGAUGACACUACGCUCCGCAACGCGAGCCCGCCAAAGGUUAGCCGCAAAUGUGCCUACUCCACGUCCUGAAGCCCCAGAAGCCGAACCGAGCGGCGAGCCCAGAACCCAGCUACAGGGUCAGUCUGGGGCUGCUACGCAACCAGAUCCAGAAGAUCCAGACGCUCCCGAUGAGAUAACGGCAAUGACCGAGAUGGUCGAUGUGAUCAACCUGGAGCAGCCUGACCAGCCAACGUCCCAAGAGCGGGUCCCCGUGAGAACACCGGAGCAGGUCCAGCAGGCCCGACAGCGGAGGGCAGAGGCACGUCGCGCCCGAGAAGCCCCCAGACGUGCCUCUAGAGCGACCGCUCGACCCCAAGGAAUCAGACGCCGACCUGCGGCCCCCCGGGGAAACCCACUAGCCAACAUCCUCAGCCGGCCAGUCGCCCCCAUGCUCGCCCGAAUUAAACAGGAAUCAGACCAAGACGCCAUGCACUGGGAGCGCCACGUGGAAGUCUCCGAGAGGUACCGCGUCACGUCUGCUGCGACACGCCGCCGGGCUGAGCAACUGAUCAUGCGGUUGAACGGGCAUGGAACACUUACAGUGGCGGAUCUGUACAAUGCGAGAGGUCUGCUCGAAUGCCACCAGCUCAUCCGGUUUGACACCGAUCACCAGUAG